AUCAUUUAUAUUUUUUGUUCUAGUCAGUAGUCAGUACUCAGGUGUAGUGUUUUUUAUUAUUUACGUGAUUUAAUUAUUAGGUUUGAGAGAAAUGUCUAAUGAAAAUACCUUAGACUUACAAUAUGUGUACGAUAGUUUCCAAAAGAGCUUAAAGGACGACGAUGAUGUGAUAAUAGAAGGAUAUAUAGACGGUUACAACGAACUUGUAAAGUUUUUGAAUCUCAUUGGAUCGGUGUUUUCGUUUGUAAGCAGCGAUGUUAAGAGUAAAAUUAAAAUUAUGGAAAAGCACAAAACAGGAGAGGAUUCCUUAUAUUAUGAAUCGUUUAAAAAAAUGAUGAAGUAUGAAAAGGAAACGAGCUUACACGAAAAUAGUGGUUUCACGUCCGGCUCGCGAACAAUGCUACGUUUGCAUAGAGGUUUAGAUUUUAUACGACUCUUCCUUAAACGUCUGAGUAAUGCAGAAGAGUGUGUGAACACAUGCACUACUUGCCAGGCCUCUUACAACGAGACACUAGCGGAAUUUCAUCCCUGGUACAUAAGGAAAGCAGCCACGCUGGCAAUGCAUGCGCUGCCUUCUAGGACAGAUUUAUUAUAUAAGAUUUUUGGCUCUGAAGAGAAGUUAAAGGAGGCGAUGACGAUUCUGCCUCAAACAUUAGAAUCGUGUGACGAAGUUUACAAACGCGUUGAGCAACUCUACACAGACUUCGACUUUCACGGUUUGCCCUAGACCAGUGGUUCUCAAUCUUAAGUCUAAUAUUAAAUAUCAUAGUGUUCCUCGGCUUCAUAAAGUUGGAGAACCACUGUCGUAAGGAUGGAUAACGUUACUGCCAAAAGUAUAAGAAUAUUAAUGUCUUAGCUCAAUACCAGCUCGCAUAGUUCUUUUCAAUUGAUAUAUAAUUAUUAU